AUGAAUAUGGGACUCUCAAAACUGGUUCAUAAGUAUAAAUAUCCAAAUCAGAAGCACCCUAAUUCUGCUGAUACUUUUCGAUCAGCUUAUAGAUCUCCAGAAGAACAUCCCAUAGAAAUAUGCAUUGAUAUUGAAUCGCCGCCAUGUGUUCUAUAUGGUACUGCGACUGAAUCCUCUGGAUCCUUACUUAGUGGAUUGGUUUCAUUGAGAGUUAAGAACCCAUAUGAUAGCGUACAGAUGGGAAGUUCUGUCACCCCCGUCACCAGUAGAGAAAAUAAGAGGAAGAGUACCGUUGGUGUCAACUUGUCGAACGCAUUUUCGAACCUUGCAGUGUCGAAUUCACAACCUGCUACGCUAUCACCAGCACCUUCUAGUAAUUUACAAAUUAUGGCUGGUUAUACAAAAGUUACUGUAACUUCAGUGAUGUUAACAUUAGUGCAAAAAGUACAUUUCCAUAAGCCGUUCAUGGCAGAUCUGCACUCUAUUCAAACGUGUAUGAACUGUCAAUCGAAGACUACAGAUAUUAGAAGUUGGGAUAUUCAGAAAAAUGCCAAGGAUUUGCCAGUAGGGAAUUAUUCUUUUCCCUUCUCCUGUUUAAUUUCAGGUUCGUUUCCUGCGAAAUCAGCAUUGGGAUCAAACUCAGAGACCCAAAUUAAAUACGAAUUAUGUGCUGUGGUUACUUAUAAGGAUCCAAGAAGAGGUGCUAGUCCCCAUCAAAAGGAUCAACUUUUACAGCUGGUUAUGCCUGUGCCGGUCACUAGGAGCUUACCACGAGGUCCUGAUAAGAAUUCUCUAAGAGUCUUUCCACCAACAGAAUUGACGGCUACAGCUGUUUUGCCGAAUGUCGUGUAUCCUAAAUCAACUUUCCCGCUAGAGAUGAAGAUCGAAGGUAUAUCUAUUGGUGAUCGAAGGUGGAGAAUGAGGAAAUUAACUUGGAGAAUCGAUGAGAUAACCCGUAUAAGGAACCAUGCUUGCGACAUUCACAAACAUGAAUUGAGGAAGUUGGAAAAAUCGGUUAAGGAAAAGGAAGAUCAUAAAUCCAAAAAGCCUAAUAAUGGGUUGAAAAGAUAUGGAGAUCAGGUUCCUCAAGUGAGAGUAUCUGUCAGUACGCCUGAUAAUACACCAUUGCCCCCUGUUCCAGAAAUCCCGGAAGCUCAGGGCCAAAAUAGAGAUAACAAUACACCUGGUGAUCAAGAUCGGGAUGCUGAUGACGAAUCUCAGGCGGGAUUCAUUCACCCUGAUGAUGAUGCACUAAGACAAGAAAUCACUCUGCAUCAGCAGAGAUUAAGAGAGCAACAAUUGCAGCAAGAAUUACAAAGUGAUUCAAAUCUUUUCACGGAAGAAGUAAGAACUGUCACUAGAGGGGACAUGAAAAGCGGUUGGAAGACAGAUUUCGACAACAAGGGUCAAAUUGAACUCAUUACAGAAAUCGAUUGUAUGCCUCUAAAUUCUGGUGUUACUAACCCAAUCACAAGUGUUUCAACCACUAAACCUCAAGCCGAAUACAUUAAGCAAGAGGCUAACGUUGCCUGCGAUAUUCAGGAUCCGGCACUGGGUAUCUAUGUAAGCCACAUUUUAGCGGUAGAGGUUGUUGUGGCUGAAGAAGCAUUACAAUAUACUAAUGGACAGCCUGUAAAGAAAUCGGGUGGUCCCAGAAACAGUUCAGAUCAAAGGUUAGCGGAAUUAUCACCUAUGUUGGCUGCUAGAAGCUCUAAUAGACAACCAGCCAUGAAUUCCGAAGAGCUAGGACCAUCUCCCUCGACAAACAGUAGCCAAUCUUCAGGACAGGGUAAAAAUAACUCUGAAGGAUUUGUGCCACGAGUGAUAAGUGUGCCCACGGGAGCGGCUCGUGUUCUGAGAAUGCAAUUUAGAAUUCAUUUAACUGAGAGAUCUGGGUUAGGUAUUUCAUGGGAUGAGGAAGUUCCUCCUAUUUACCAAGAUGUUAAGAUGCUUUCACCUCCUAGUUAUGCUAGCUCUGUUUCUAACACCUCAGUGCCUAGAAGCUUAUCGCCUCUGGCAAAGGAUGAAGCUGCUGGUGGUCCAGAAAAUGAUAUAGUGCCUUUGAUGCCAAGUCUACUUCCUACACCACCUAUGGCUCACCAUCAUGACUCUUCCAAUUCCUUGAGAGGACUAACCACUGUACAGUCGCCCCAGUUAGAUUCUGUGGUCAGUAUACAGGGAAAUGUUCCCUUCCAAAACAACGCUUUAACCCCACAUGCGACGAGGGAUAUAAGGAUUAGGAGUAUAACAGAGCUAAUGGACUCUGAUCGGAUAACGCAGUGA